UGAGAUUUUGUUUCUUUGUUGUUAUCAUCUGAUUGUUGUUUAAUUUUUAAAUUAUUUGAUCUUAACAGUGACAAUUGUCAUUAAUUCAGUUUAAAUUAACGUUCUUCAAACUGUGUUUAUCUUAAUUGGUCUCGAAACGGAUUCCGGUUGAUUGUUAUUUCUUUGGUCCAUUUGAAAACUGAACUGUCCAUUUAAGAGUCAUGGUUGAUUACAGUAAAUGGAAGGAUAUUGAAAUUAGUGAUGAUGAAGAUGAUACUCAUCCUAAUAUUGACAAACAGUCGCUAUUUAAAUGGAGACAUGAGGCUCGGGUACAGCGAAUGGCUGAAUUUAAUGAGAAGAAACAAAAAAUUAAGGAUAAUCUGGAGAGUGUAAAGAAAAAAUUUGAAGAAAAACAAUCACAAGUUAAAAGUAAACCUGAUGAUGAAAACUUGAAAAAAGAAUUAGCUGAUUUGGAGAAGAAAUUGAACCAAGCGACAAUAGAUCAUGAAAAUAUCCUGAAAGAAGAACGAAAAAUGCCUUGGAAUGUCGAUACAAUUAGUAAAGAUGGUUGGAGUGCUACAAAGAUCAAUAAACCUGCUCCUAAAUUAGAUAAGUCUCACCUCAGUGAUGAUGAACGUGAACAAUUAUACCUCGAAUUCAUUAAAAACAAUGAGAAAAAGAUCAAACAUUUUGCUAUGUUAAGCAAACCUGAAGAUUGCCGAACAUAUUUACUCGAUGAGCCUCAAUUGGUUUGUGAAGAAACCGCUAAUUACCUGACACUUUGGUGUUUAAAUCUUGAAAUUGAAGAAAAACAUGAGCUCAUGACUCAUGUAUCCAAACAAGUAAUUUCAAUGCAAUAUAUCCUUGAGUUGGCCAAACAAUUAGAUUGCGAUCCUAGAGCAUGUAUUUCAAGUUUCUUUAAAAGAAUUCAAACAGCUGAGAAAGAGUACUUGGACGCUUAUGAAGACGAACUGAGAGCCUUCCGUAAGAGGAUAAAAGAUCGAGCUAAAGAGAAGAUUGAAAAAGCCAUGAAAGAGAUUGAAGAAGAAGAGAGAGAAAAAAGAUUGGGUCCUGGGGGGUUAGAUCCAACUGAAGUUUUCGAAACUCUUCCAGAGAAAAUGCAAAAAUGCUUCGAAGAUCGAGAUAUUGAACUGUUGAAACAGGUUGUUGCUGAAAUGCCUGAAGAUGAGGCCAAAUACCACAUGAAGAGAUGUGUCGAUUCGGGUUUAUGGGUUCCUGAUGCCAGAGAUAUUGCCAAUGAGGGAGAUAAGGAUGAUAAAAGCGUUAAAUCUGGAUCUGAAAAAGAGGCCAUUUAUGCCAAAAUCAAAGAAAGUUCAUCUGAUAAAUGAGACCAUGUUCCUGGAUUAACAAUCAACCCUUUCCGCAGAUCUGAUGUUAAAGUUUUUCUAAUUAUGGAUUUAAAACAAUUAAUGUACAAAAGUCAAUUCCAAAUGGAUUUAAAGAGUUAAUCAAACGUAAUUGCAACGACAAUCAAUCAAAUUUGGUGGCGCAAUUGUUUCAUCCAUUCAUUUUCAACAAUUAUCUAUUAAAUAUCCUUGAGCAAAACAAACAAUCAACAAUCAAAACAUUAACACAACCAAAUGAAGCAACAACAUCAAGGUUACACCUAAAUAGUAAAUUAAUUGUCGGUGGAGAUGGAGCAAGUUCAAUCAAAAUUAAUUUCAUCUCAUGAAUUUACCACAAUUAAUUGUUAAUCAUUUCUCUUCCGGAUUGUUUAACUGUUUAUCCCAAUCCAAAUGUAUUGACUUUCAUUUUCAUUAUCCUAUUCAUUGUUUUCCUCUUAAUCAACUAAUUUCAAAUACUUUCAUUUGUAAAUCAGAUCUCUGAUGAUUGCACAAUUAAAGUUGAAAUAGAUUUGAUUUCGAAACAAUUAAAUCAACAACUUUUUCAUACAAAUCACAUUACUAAUUAUACUUUGAACACCAUGUUCAAUGUACUUUGAGCUUCAGUCUAUAGAUCAGAUAAUUAAACCAUAAAUCUUUGA